UUUUAUCCCAACCCCACUCGAUACAAAACAAACACAAACCUUCUUCUCUCUUUUUCUCUUUCUCUCUCUCUCUCUCUCUCUCUCUCUCUCUCUAAUGGCGAUGAUGGUUGAGAAUAGCUACGGUGAUUACGGUGGUGGUGGAGGAGAAAGGAUACAGCUUAUGGUCGAAGGUCAAGGCAAAGCUGUUCCUGCGCCGUUCUUGACAAAGACUUAUCAGCUUGUUGAUGAUCCUGCGACGGAUCAUGUCGUCUCUUGGGGUGAUGAUGACACUACUUUUGUCGUUUGGCGUCCACCGGAGUUUGCUCGUGACCUUCUUCCUAAUUACUUUAAACAUAACAACUUCUCUAGCUUCGUUCGUCAGCUCAACACUUAUGGAUUCAGAAAGAUAGUACCAGAUCGAUGGGAGUUCGCGAACGAGUUUUUCAAGAGAGGAGAAAAGCAUUUACUUUGCGAAAUCCACCGCCGCAAAACAUCUCAAAUGAUACCACAACAACACUCUCCGUUCAUGUCACACCACCACCACGGUCCGCCGCAGAUUCCGUUCUCCGGCGGAAGUUUCUUCCCUUUACCACCACCACCACGUGUCACCACUCCAGAAGACGACCAUUACUGGUGCGACUCACCACCGUCAAGACCACGAGUUAUCAUACCACAACAACCCAAUAAUACCAUUCAUGACACGGCGGCGCAAGUUACGGCGUUGAGUGAAGACAACGAGAGAUUACGACGGAGCAACACAGUGUUGAUGUCUGAACUUGCUCACAUGAAGAAACUUUACAACGACAUUAUCUACUUUGUUCAAAACCAUGUCAAGCCUGUCGCUCCAAGUAACUCUUACCUUUCUUCGUUUCUCCAGAAACAACAACAACAACAACAACAACCUCCAACGCUUGAUUAUUACUAUACCACCGCAACUGUCAAUGCCACUACUACUAAUCUCCAACAUGGUUUGAACUCAUCUCCUCCAACUUCGCAAAGCUCUAUUACAGUUCUUGAAGAUGACACUAAUCAUCAUCAUGAUCAGAGUAAUAAUAUGAGAAAGACUAAGCUUUUUGGAGUUUCGUUGCCUUCGUCUAAGAAGAGAUCACAUCAUUUCUCAGAUCAAAGUAGCAAAACUCGACUUGUGUUGGAUAAGUCUGAUCUUGCUUUGAAUCUCAUGACUGCUGCUUCUACACGUUAAUUUGGUUUUGUGGUUUUUUUUUUUUUGAAGUAUCAGUCAGCAUUAUUAGCACUAAUGUUGUUAUAUGAUGAUGAUGAACAUGAAUAUUAAGACUUUUUUCUCUUUUGUUUCUUUGAUUAAUAAUCUUCUUUAAUUAGUGUUUUGUUUUGUUUUCUGGGCUUGUUGUCCCGAGAAGAUGAGAAUGUCAGUGAUGUCUAAUGUAGAUAGGCUUUUUAGGUUACUUUUAUGCAUUUUCGAAAUUUUCAUGUGUAUUGGAACCGAUCCAAUUAUUAUUAAUUCUCUUUAUUUAA